AUGGCGCGGCUGUAUCACGAGAUGCUGGUGUCGGCGGAGCUCCUGCUGCUGCUGCCGUUUGUUGCCACCUUAGCAACCGCGUCAAACGGCAGGGCGCUGCUGUCAAGUCCUGAGGGUGCACCAAAGGUGCAGACGGAGGCCGAGCGCCUGCCGUCCGCUCAUGCCAGCGGCUCCCGCUCGUCGGGUGCAAAACCUUGCUAUUUCGAUUUGCAAUGCUCCCAAUGCAACUCAGACGCGACGAGGUGCUUGGAGUGCUGGGACGGGUUCCAUGUGGCGGCCGACGGCAAGUGCACGCCGAGCAACGGCUGCGCCGACCCGCGCUGCAUGGAGUGCACCCCGAGCGAGGACCAGUGCAAGAGCUGCAGGGACGCCUUUGAGAUGCUGCGCACCAUUGUACCGCAUUGGUCGUCGUUUGACCAGCGGUACCCCAGCGGCAUGCAGCAGCUGCUCAACUCCUCCUUCCCCCUCUACCUCGGGGAGGACGGCUGGUGCCACGAGUGCACCGCGCACCCGCUGUCGACAGGAUGCGGCGCCUGUGACGCCACCGGCCAGCGCUGCACUGGCUGCCUGAAGGCCGGCAAAAUCGAGCCCGAGGGUGCUGACAUGUUGGUGAUAGCCUACUCAGGAGCCUACCAUGCUGUGCCGGUGGACGGCAGCUGCAUUUACUGCGGGGAGAACUGCCAGAGCUGCGGGCCGGAUGGCGUGUGCACAGAGUGCGCCAACUGGCAUGGCGACGGCUGGUAUGAGCCCUUCGGCCUCGCCGCCAACAAGACGUGCCUGCCGUGUGUCGACCCAUACUGCUCCGACUGCGGCAAGGAUCACCGCCAGUGCUCCGAGUGCUACAGCGACAUCUGGGCUGGCUGGGGCAAGAACCAGAGCGGGCUGUGCGCCCCGUGCGCCGCCGACAACUGCAUCGCCUGCGACAGCGAUUACCGGAACUGCACCUACUGCAGUACAACCUAUGAAGUGGUGGGCGAGGACGACUUUGUGAUCUGCACCGACAUAGACACGGCCCUGGGCCGCAGCCCCGCCGGGGGCAGGGCGGGGCAGGGCGGGCCCUCCCCCGCCCCCUCCCCGGCCUCCAGCAUGCCCUGGGAUGCUCCCGAGAGCCUGGUGCAGGGCGCCCCGGAGCCGCAGCAGGGAGCGCUUUGGGAGUGA